UCGGCGGGGGGAGGGGACCGGCGGCCCUCCAUAAAGCACCCGGGCCGGCGCCAAGGUGCGCGCAACAAGUGGAGGCGAGCUGCGGGAGGGCGCAGAAUGGAGGUGCUGCCAGUGGAUUUGCCGGCCCUGCUCUCCUCCUCCUCCUCGCAUUCCCAGCAAGAAAUAGCCACCAGGAUCAACCAAGCGCACCACUUGAGUGUCUCCAUGCAACGGAAUUCAGAACAGCUGCUUGCUGAAUACGUGCGUCUCCAAGGGGGACCCUUUGGGAACGCUGACUUCAACCCCCCCACCCCUGCUUUCCCAGGGCUGCCGUUUCCCUCCCUUUCCCAGGAGGCCUGGAAGAAUCUGAGUGAUGCCGAGCGGCUGCAGCAGAACGUCACGGCCUUUUCCAGCUUGCCCGAGUUCCUGUCAGCCGUGAAGCGCCAACAGGAGACAAUGAACGCUCUUGCCGCAAAGCUGCAUUUCCAGCUGGAGACGAUGGGCCGGCAGUGCCGCGGAAUGGCUAACAACCUCAAAUCCAUCAUGACCGCCUUGGGCCUGGCACCCGAGCCCGCUCCGCCAGCUGAGCUCCCAAACCCGGCCGACGGCUUUGCCAAAAAGCUCAUCGGCUACUACGUUUGCCAGCUCUGCCGGGACUGGGCCAGCCGGAGCGAAGCGGACUUGGCCUUUCUGGCUGGCAAAUAUCCUCUCUGAGCUUGCCCUUCGCUCUUGAUUGUCAGCCUGUCAGCCGGUGGGAAAAGGGGAGUGUGUUUUCUUCCUCCGUGUUGACUGUCCUGUGUGUGUGGAAGAAAAAGUGGGCACGUCCUUGCUUCACUGAAUACACUGAGAAAAAAAAACGAACCCGUUUUCCUGGGCAAGAAAAGAGGUCAUAGAAGAACACUCCUGACAUGCCGACAUGUUGACUUUUGCCUCCUGUUGUUUCUCUCUUUCGAUUCUUCUCCGUUUUAUUCUGUGUCAUAUAAGUCUACUAAUACACACACGCAAAAGACUGGUCGAGUGGCUUAAAAUGUUCUUGCAGGUGUGGGUGCGGAAAGCAGGAUGAUUGCAGCCAUUUUGAGAAGGGGCUUGCCUUGCUUGAUAAACGGCCGCCACGUUGAGAGACGCAUCGUGUCAGAGAGAGGCUUCAUACGUGUCAGAAGGCGAACAGAUCCUGCCGGAAUGGGAAAGGGAGCUGAACGGGUUUGACUCGUAAAAGUGGGAGCCAAGUGCUGGAACUGUUCAAAUAACGUUUGCUCAGUGAAACAUAGGACGCUCCCUUCCUCUGUGACCAAGGCAUAGCCCCCCGACUUCCCUGUUCUCCCCCCACUGCCUGUAUGAAAAGGAAGAGUUGCUCUAUGCCUCUUAACAGGUAUAGAAGCAUAUUUGUGUCGACUUGUCUUGCCGUGGCUGCAAACACAGAGCCCGUAUUGGUGUGAAGGUUUUCCCUUUUGGUCCUUCUCCAGCCUCUCCGCCCAUAAAAUCUGCCACGCAGGACACUGAGCUGUUUGUCUCAGAAAAGUCUGAUGUUGGAGGAGGUUUUGGAGAUCUUUGCCUACUCUUUAGUCUGUCGUUCAACUCCCAUUAGCCUUUCCACCCGGCAGAAACCCCUGCACGGUGCCUGCACGUUCUCAAAACCGGGCGAAGGACUCUUUCCGUCGUCCUGGGCUCUACUUUUCUGACCCUCGUGGGUGCUGCUUGGCUGGAUCACGACACACGUUUCCCACUCUUCAAAGUGUAGUUUCUACUGUAAGCUUAUUUUUUUUCACAUAACUGCAGAAUAGUUUUAUAAAUAUUAUUGAUGCUAACUUUAACGAGAAUAAUAAAAAAACGUUUAGUAGUA